AUGGGUUGGUCCGAAGCCGAAAUCAUCUGCGCAAAUCAUCCAGACGAAAUUCCACAGCCAGGAAUCUGCCCCUCUUGUCUGAGAGAGAGGCUUUCUAGAAUCAUCGGUAAAUAUUCCACCAAUUACGAUAGCUUUAUUCCGUCUUCGGCUUCUCCAGUUUAUUACUACGCCUCUUCCUCCGCCGGAUCUUCGCCGGGACGGGGACGCAGCGAGCGGCGGCACAUGAGGGUGGCGUCGGAUGUGAUGGAUUCGAUUUACGUGGCGUUUGGCGGCGGCGGCGCCGGAUUGAAGAAGAGUAGGUCGAUGGUGAAUUAUGCGGCGGCGAGAGACGGCGGCGUGACUGGUAAUGUUAAUAAGAAGAAAAAGAAGAAAGGUGGGUUUUGGAAUAAGCUGAUGAUGCGUUCAAGUGGAAAGAAAUCUCUAUUGUGGUGA